AUGGACACAUUUCUACAUAUUGUGAAAGUCAAUCAUCAGAAGAAGAUGAAUGGUCAAGCUACACGGUCGGAUUUACUGUAUUGGAAGGAAUGGGUCGAUAGAUGGGAUGCCGAAACUACAGUAACCGCGCAAUGUUUGAUCGAGCCUACAGAAGUCCCACAAAAUGUUCAUGAAGCGAAUGGAUACAUUAGAAGUGUGAAUUAUCUGUCUACAGUAAGAACUGGUAGUUUUUGA